UCACUUUUUGUUUUGAAUGUUAAUUAUUUGUUUGUGAUUGUUUAAAUUUCCCGUUAAGUAUUCUCCUUUUUUAUCUAAACCUAAGCAACACUGGAAAUACGCGAACUUUGUAAUGUGUUGCAGAUGUAUAGAGCUGUCCAAUAUUUGGUGAAUACAACAUACUAAAUCAUCAUUUAAAGCUGAUCCUGAGUGGCCUCAAGAUGAUGGAGGCGCGGGCGCGAUCAGGGCGCGGCUGCGGCUGCGAGUCCACCAGCGAGAAGGUCAGGGAACUGCUGGACAAGUUCCCGAAACCGCCGCCGCCGCCAGCGCUUAGUACACUGUUCUGUGGACACAAUGCUGGAGCCGGCGGCGGCGGCGGCGUGAAGUCCAUCUACCACUCGACUCAGGACCUAUCAGUGGCGCCCUUUUCACUGGACCCCCUCCACUUCCCCCCUAAAGGCAAGAAAUGGGGAGGAAAUCAGAGGCCACCUAAAGACAAACUUGACUUCGACACCACUACACUUGGCGAACAGAUUUACUCGAGCAAGGAGAAAGUGACAUACCAUAAUGCAAGUGAAAAGGGGCCAUGGUUUGUAUUGAAAGAGGCGUUGCAACUAUUACAGCUGGCGGUAACAGCGACUGCUCUGAUUAUAUACUACCUUAUAUACUGCUAUAUGCAACUCAUAUACUUGACUUUGCAAAGUGCUGUAUACUUCCGCAAUGCUGAUGGGGCAAUGCGAGUGACAAUAGCAGUUGUAAUAGUAUCUGCGCUGGUGGUGGCGGUCAAUUGUUUCAUAAGAUUGCAGCGGUUAUUGGGGGUUAUAUCAUAGGUCCAUACAUCCUUUAUAUUGUUUUACCUAUAAUAAAAUUUGAUUCGUCUUCUGUACUAAAUUUGCUUAAGAAUAUAGGUACAAUACAACGUCUUGAUUGUCCUAAGUUCGCUUGAGAAUACAUACAUAUAGGUACAAUUGAACUAGCAAUGUAUAAAACCUGUUGUUUUUAGCAUUUUGUAGAAAUGUUUGUUAUGUAUAAAUCAGAUAAUAAUUAUGUUUUGUGAAAAGGAAAUAAUAUAGGUACUUAUGUAAAAAGACCCCACCACAGUAACUCAGUAACUACGUUUGUAUAAUGUGCAAAACGAUAAAUGUACCAAAGCUUUUUCCAAAAUAAAGAAAACUUUACUCAACAUUUA